CCUCCACCACCAUCACCUCCGCUCCGUCCGUCUCUCCUCAGCAUCUUCUGGUUAAUGGAUUACACAGUUUCCCUCCAAGUGCAACAUCGGCUGGCGGUGUCCGCGACACACUUCUACCAGGGCUACCGCGUGGAGUUACAGAUGAAGUCAACAGAGGUGGACCAAGGGCUUUUCACAGACAGCUACUGCAAAGUGUGCAGCGCUCAGCUCAUCUCCGAAUCCCAGAGGGUUGCCCAUUACGAGAGUCGGAAACAUGCCAACAAAGUGCGGCUGUAUUACAUGCUACAUCCUGUGGAUGGAGGCUGCCCGGCCAAGAAGCUCAGAACAGACAACGGCGGCGACCAGGGCGACGUGGACAAGAACAAGUGCUGCACGCUGUGCAACAUGUCCUUCACCUCAGCGGUGGUGGCACAGUCACACUACCAGGGUAAAAUCCACGCCAAGAGACUAAAACUGCUACUUGGGGAGCAGCCUGCCAUCACAACCAAAGAGGCAUCUCCCAGUCCUGUAAAGAGCUCCCCAGAAACGUCCCCCAUGACCUCCCCGCGACAGCGCCGCGACUCGGACCGCUACUGCCAGCUGUGUAACGCCUGGUUCAACAACCCCGGGAUGGCUCAGCAACAUUACGAUGGGAAAAAGCACAAGAAAAAUGCUGCUAGGGCAGAUCUGCUGGAGCAGUUGGGGAAGACUCUGGACAUGGGAGAGAUGAAAGGUCUGAAACGGAGCUAUACCUGUGAAGUCUGCAGCGUCACACUGAACUCGGUGGCUCAGUACCAUGCACAUCUGCAGGGGUCAAAGCACCAAAACAACCUGAAGAAUCAGAUAUGUGUCCAGUGAGCGUGGGCCCGAGAUAAACACCAACAGUUGGAUUGAUGUCAGACAAGCUGUGAUCAGCUUGCCCUGCUUUUUCUGCCUCUGCCCUGCUUAUGCUCUCCUCCACAUCAUUUCGACUUUUCUCUCUUCUAUCUUUUACUCAAUUUCAGCCGCCCAUGAGGAAACUAAAGAGAUUUUUUUUUUGUAAUAUUGCAUCCAAUCUCGCACUUGUCGGUAAACAGUUCAAAAGAGUUUCUCUACUCUUAAAUCAUUCACCUUUUUCAUCCCACUGCCGCAGUGAUUUCUAUCCCCUGGAGAUCCAUUAAAGUGAAUCUGAUACACAGUAACCUUUCUAAAAUUGCAUGUAUUGAAAAACUAUUCAUUUUUCAAUAUUUUUUAGUUAAAUAAACCAGAGCAUAUUUAUUUACAAUUAAAAAGUAUAUAUAUAUAUAUAUAUCAUAUUCAGCAUUGUGGGCUUUAACUGUGUCAAUCAUUCCCCUUGCCCUUACAUUUUGUAUGCACCACGCAGUGCAACUCUACUAUUCAGCUUUUAUUGCACACAUGCUUGCAGUGGAGCUAAGUCCCCUUGUGUCUUAAAGGGGGAAACGGCAAUAAUGACACAGGUCAGACUUUUAUUUUAUGUUCAAAUGGUAUUAACUUCAACGAGCUUGACGUCCGUGACUCUGGUAGAAUUAAUAACAUGUCUGCAUCUACACAGAAGAACAUUUUUAUGUUUUUUAUGUUUAACUCCAACUUAUCAAACGAUCACAUUUAUGUUUCAUAAAAUGCGAGUGACACUGCCUUUGCCCUCUCCAGGUUGAUGCGGUAUGGAAGAGUAUUAAGAUGAGGCGUAAAGGCAAAGUUUAGAGGGAAUGUUUUAUUUUUUUGCAUUUCGAGAAUAGAGUUGAACAGUUUCAAUAUUCAAAACACUAGGACUGUUAAAAAGGUCUUCAUAUAUAUCGUUUUUAUCCUAAAAAUGCUAAUUGGACUAAAUUGUUUAAUUUGAUAUUAUUGGAUUGGUACUUCGCUUUUAUUCUCAACAUUAUUCUCAACCAUAUUCUUGAAUAUGUACGUUAACUUUAUACUCAAAACGUCAUUCCAACUUUAUUCUCAACAUUUUAAUUUAUUUUCUCUGCUAAAUAAAUUGAUGAAUAAAACUUCCUUCAGUGA